CCAGCGGAGCCCGUCCCCCCCAAGGCAGCCGGCGGGCACUGGGACCCGGCGCCGCCCCGCUCCACCUGCCGGCCGCCGCCGCGGAGUCGGUGCGCGGCAGACAAUGGGCGCCGCCGGGCUGGUGGGAGCGGCGCUGCUGCUGGUGGCGGCCGGGGCGGCCGAGGUGGCCUUCCGCUGCCCUCCCUGCAGCAGCGAGCAGCUGGCGGGCUGCACGGCGCCGGCCGGCUGCAGCGAGACGGUGCGGGAGCCGGGCUGCGGCUGCUGCUGGAGCUGCGCCCGCACCCUGGGAGAGGCGUGCGGGGUCUACACUCCGCGCUGCGGCGCCGGGCUCCGCUGCUACCCCCGCAGCGGCACCGAGUUCCCGCUCCAGGCUCUCGUCCAAGGGCACGGGCUGUGCGCCAAGCGCAGGGAUCUGGCCUACAACCGCUCCCGGGACGCAGGUGGGGAGAGCCCUGAUGUCCACCCGAGCUCCGAGUUCAGCGACAACCACCUGAACUACCCGAACAUCAGCGUCGUUGGACGCAAGUCCAUCCGCAGUGGCUUGAAGACGACGGCCGUGAUCCGUGAACGGAACAAUGCGCAGUGGCGCUCGAUGGAUCGAGGGACCAAAGGGAGCGAGGAGCCCAGGAGAGCACGGCCCCAGCUGACCACCUGUCAACUGGAACUGGACCAGGUGUUGGAGAGGAUCGCGUCUCUGCGCUUGCCGGAUGAACGCGGCCCCCUGGAACAUCUGUACGCACUCUACAUCCCAAACUGUGACCGCCACGGACUCUACAACCUCAAGCAGUGCAAGACGUCGUUGAACGGGCAGCGUGGUGAGUGCUGGUGUGUGAACCCUCACACGGGGAAGGUGAUCCCGGGAUCGCCCACGGUUCGCGGAGACCCCGAGUGUCAUCGCUGCUGCUUGUUGCCGGAGAACAAUGCCGAUGUGCAGCUCCCACACGUGGCCUGAACGUGACCGCUGCGGCGGCAAGUGCACGGGAGUGGGGCUGCAGGGCA